AUGAAAUUGACCAGAAUAUCAAAACCAACAAAUCCUUUUGAACAUUCGGACUCGCUUUCGUCAGUAAAUACCGAAGCCGACCAACAGGAGCAAACAGAACACAAAAGACGUAUAAAUUACAUCAAAUGGAGUUGUUUCCUGAUCGUAGCCAUCCUUGGAAUUUUGACAACAGUUAAAUUGACACUUAAAAAUCUUCAACAAGACAUACAAGAGAUCGUCGAACACCAUAGAAAUGCGAACUUUAUUUCUAUACCAGAGUGGGGUGGUGUAGUUGUUAAUAGGACGCGUUUCAAGACUAAUUUGUACCUGCCUGUACCGUUUGUCAUUAUCAGACAUACGGGGGGCGCUUUUUGUCAAACACAAUCAGAAUGUAAAAGGUUGACGAAAGAACUGCAGUCGAAACACUUAGCAUUAAACUACAGCGACAUAGCUUAUAAUUUUUUAGUUGGAGGAGACGGAAGUAUAUAUAUGGGAAGGGGAUUCUGGAAUCCAAAUAUAUAUAGUAGGUUUAGUUAUGACAUAGCCAUACACGGAAAUUUUUUGUAUGAUCAGUUUUAUGAUUAUAUGGAAAAUGUAACGAGGUUUAUUAUAGAAACUGGUGUUAUGUUCGGUGCUAUUGAUCCAUGUUAUGUUGUUUUGUGUGAAAAUCAAACGCAGAAGGUGGAUAGUCCCGGCAGGAACAUAUACGAGAAAGUCAAAUUGUGGGAUCAUUAUCAUAUCAAAGCCGACCAACAGGAGCAAACGGAACACAAAAGACGUAUAAAUUACAUCAAAUGGGUUUGUUUCCUGAUCGUAGCCACCCUUGGAAUUUUGACAACAGUUAAAUUGACAUUUAAAAAUCUUCAACACGACAUACAAGAGAUCGUCGAACACCACAGAAAUAUGAACUUUUUUGCUAUACCAGAUUGGGGUGGUGUAGUUGUUAAUACGACGGGUUUCAAGAGUAAUUUGUACAUGCCUGUACCGUUUGUUAUUAUCAAACAUACGGGGGGCACUUUUUGUCAAACAGAGUCCGAAUGUAAACAGUUAACGAAGGAACUGCAGUCGAAACACUUAGCAUUAAACUACAGCGACAUAGCUUAUAAUUUUUUAGUUGGAGGAGACGGAAAUUUAUAUGUGGGAAGGGGAUUUGGCUAUCCAAAUAUAUAUAGCAGAUUCAGUUAUGACAUAGCCAUACACGGGAAUUUUUUGUAUGAUCAAUUUUAUGAUUAUAUGGAAAAUACAACGAGGUAUAUUAUAGAAAUUGGUGUUUCUUUAGGUGCUAUUGAUCCAUAUUAUGUUGUUUUGUGCGAAAAUCAAACGCAGAAGGUGGAUAGUCCCGGCAGGAACAUAUACGAGAAAGUCAAAUUGUGGGAUCAUUAUCAGAACGACUGCGAAGAAACAUUCAAAACCAUCCUCGGUUACCUAAAAGCGUUCUGCCAUAAGAGAAAAAAAGACUUAGGAAGGAUAUGUAUUUGCGUAUUGCUUUCAUCGUGUGCCAUUUUGCUUUACGUGUCCAUUGUACAUCACAAAGACUUGGUCUUAGAUCCAAAACCACUCUACGGCCGCAAUAUUGGAAAUUUCACCAUAUACUACGUCAGUGAUUGGGGUGGAAAGACCGUUACUGGUAUUUUAGAUAAUCCUCUGCCUGUGGGGUUAGUGAUUGUUGGACAUACGGGUACAGAGACUUGUUUCAGUUUUGAAAAGUGUUCAGAGAUACUAAGAGUGUUACAGAUAUACCAAACUACAACAUUAGGCUACGGAGAUAUUUGUGAUAACUUUUUUAUCGGUGGGAACGGGAAUAUAUACGUCGGGAGAGGAUGGGACACCAGAAACUGCUAUCUGAGUAAACUGAGUAUUGCCAUCAGCUUCAUCGGGGACUUCAACAAGGUCCAUUUGAACGAACACAUGAAAACUAGUUUCAAACUCUUGUUGCAACAAGGCAUCAAUUUAUCCAAAUUGCCUGAAAACUAUUUGAUGGUGGCAUACAACCAAACUGUCAUUAGUAAUAACCCUGGUGAUAAUGUUUACAAAUAUAUCAAAACUUGGCCGAAUUUUUCUGAUAUAGAUUUGAGGAGAUACAGGUUCAAGGAUAUGUGUUCUAUUUAUAAAGCGCCUCUUGGGAAAUCGGAAUGUUGGAGUAGGGUAAAUACCACACGAAUCUUGUAAAAUAUACGUAGAAUUAUCUGUGUCAUUUUGUUUAAUAAAUAGCUAUUUAGGUAA